AUGGCCUAUAUUUGGAUUAUAUUUUGUAGGGUUGACGAAGACAUCCCUUGCCAGAAGGAACCUAAAUUUAUUGUGUUCUAUACAAGGCUACUGGCUAUAUUCUCGAUUUUCUGUUUUAAAUGCAAGAGUGAAGGGCCAGACGUCACCAUGAAGAAGAAUGGCACCAUGGUAACUGAUGCAGAAUUGCAGAAAUUGUGGUCCUAACUCAUUUCUGUGGAGGUCACAGCCAAUGGUGCUUGGGCGCUACCCGGCAGGGAAUAUCCUGCUAAGCUUUGGAAUUCUAAUGGCGGGGGCAACUGUUAGUAAAGUGCUCCUGGUUCUAAAACACAUGGGCAUUUCUGUAUACAAUGCACGUACUUACUUUGUCCAUCAGAGCAAGUUUUUAUUCCCAGCCAUUCUGACCUACUGGGAACGAUACAGGUCCAAACUGGUGAAUCAGAUUAAAGAAAAGGGAGAGGCAAUUUGGUGCGGAGAUGGCAGAUUUGACUCCAUGGGACACUCUGCAAAAUAUGGAGCGUACACAAUGUUCUGUUGUGCAGUUGCUAAGAUUGUACAUUUUGAGCUGGUGCAGGUAUAUUUUCAUCUAUAUCUACAAAUAUAGAUAUGAAAAACAACCAACCUGUUUUCCCAGCCACUAUAAAAAUAAAAAUCUGGUAUUUCUUGACACCUAGAUCCAUGUGUGACGGACCACAUAAGACUCGUUAAUAGCAUGAUUAAAACUUUUGCUGAAUGGGAAAAUCUGCCACUACUACACAAAAAUUGUAGGAAAUAUUAUCUUUGAGUGAUAAAUGUAUAUUUUUUUAAUGUUAGGCAAACCAAGUAAAGAGCAGCAGUGACAUGGAGUUAAAGGGCGCCCAAGACAGUUUUGCCUUCCUAAAAGCAGCAGGGUUAAAAAUUCAUGUGUUCAUAUCAGACAGGCACCGUUCAAUUGCCAAAUGGAUUAGGGAGCAUGAGCCAGCAACCAGACACUUUUUUGAUAUCUAGCAUGUUGCCAAAUCAGUANCGCCCAAGACAGUUUUGCCUUCCUAAAAGCAGCAGGGUUAAAAAUUCAUGUGUUCAUAUCAGACAGGCACCGUUCAAUUGCCAAAUGGAUUAGGGAGCAUGAGCCAGCAACCAGACACUUUUUUGAUAUCUAGCAUGUUGCCAAAUCAGUAACAAAGAAGUUACUUCAAGUUGGAAAAGAAAGUGGCUGUGAACUCCUUGUGAAGUGGCAAAAGGCCAUAAAAAAUCAUUUGCAUUGGUGUGCUACUUCCACCAAGCUUGGAUUUGGUGAGCUGAUUUUAGCAAAGUGGAAGUCCAUUAUUAGGCAUGUUUGUAAUAAACAUACUCAACACCCAGAACCUCUGUUUAAACAGUGUGUCCAUGGACCUCUAUCAAGACGAUAUUGGCUUAAAAAAGGUGAGUUUUUGUUGGAACACAUUUUCAAGCAGUUCCAACCACCAGUUAAUUUAACUCUUUAAAGCUGGUAAUAUGUAUCACCUGUUUCAGUUCAGUUCAUUUCAACAAGGUGGUUUAUAAAUGUGUUUUAAAGGUGUUUUAGUUUGAAGAUGCUCCAUACCCCUCUUAGAGUCCAAGUCUAGGUCUUGAAUUGCUUUUUUAAUCCUUGGCUUUAGAGGAUUCUUUUUAUGUUUAGAAUUUUUAAUGACCUGUUUGUAAAGGGUGUAAAAAAUAUCCUGAAACAAAAUAAUACAUGUCAGAAGCAACCUUUUUGUCUUAAAAAAAGAGAAACUAAUGUAUUGGUUAAUGUAUUUCAGGCACAAAUGUCUAUAACAAGAUGAAAAAAAUUUUGAUGAAUACAAGGCUCCUUAAUGAUAUAAAAAAGUUGUCUAGUGAGGACCAAACAAGUUGCUUGGAGGGUUUUCACUCUACGUUGAAUCAGUUCCAUCCUAAGAUGAUAUGUUUCUCAUGGUUUGGCACAUACUGCAGGUAGGGUGUGUAAAUUGUUGUUUUGGACGUCAGAGGUGGAUGUCGUCUACCAACACUAGAGAAUUUUUACAAAAGGAAUCUUUUCUAACCAUACCCCCUUAAUAAUUGCUCCAAACAAUAAUUAUUUAAUAAUUAUUUAGUAAAUAAGAAUUAGUUUUAAUUGUUAUACUGUACUAUUAUUAACUUAUAGUUACUUAGUUUCUUAUUAUUUAUUUUAGACUUUUUUUAUUAGUCUUAAUUAAGGGCUCCUAUUGAUAACAAAUAUACUUUUAAGUAUUCUGAAGGGAUUACCCUAGUUAAAUAAAGGUUUACUACUACUAAACAUUUCGUCCAAAACAAAACCUAAAUCAUUAGCUUAGGUAAAAGUGGCUGACAAUUCAGUUAAAUCAAGCCUUUAUUGGUGUGUUUUUGCUUUAGGCACAUCUUAGCCAGUCUGCAUUUCAAUGAGAAUUUGUUGAGGGAACCGCAAAAGGCAAAAGAUGGAAAGGAGUACCUUUUAGUGACAUACCCUAAAUACAAGUUUGGAGAAGAAGUUGUGCGAGAAAUUAGAGUCCCUCCUACAUACAGUAAGUAUAGUUAUUUUUCAGAACUUUCAGUGUAGCCACAGUGGUGGUUCCCAACCAUGAUUUAUGGAAGAUGAAUGGCUCUUAAAGGGUCCUACCAAUAGUUCAAGGGAAAUAAAGGCAGGGGUGGGUGUCUGGCUGUUACACAGAAAAACCUAGCAGAAAAAUUACGGGGAAAUGAUCGCGGACUGAAAACCCAGUUUACCACUUCUGUAGGCAUUAAGCACUUUCCUAACAGUGCCCCCUCUUUUACCAGAAUAUGUGGAUGAGGUGGCAGAACUGGUGUUCAGCAUGCGCGUGGCUGAGAGGAAUGCUAUCCUCUUGAAGUACAAAACAAAAACCCCAGCACCUUUGAACUCGCAGUUCACAGAGAGACGAAGUAGAGCAGAGGCAGUGGAAAACUACAAUAAGAGAAAACAAAAAGAAACAGCGGCAUACCCUUCAGGUGAGGUUAUGUGA